AUGGCCGCCAAAGUUUCGCGUUCACCAAAAAAGAAAUUGUCUUCAACUUCUGGCAAGACUACAGUGGCAACUCGAGUUAAUACACGCUCGUCAAAGGUAGCAACAAUUUUCGUCAAGCAUAAAUUAGCCCAGAGUCCCAAACGUCAGCCUCAACGUUGCAAGCAAUGCCCUGGAAAUCCGUUUCGCUCACACUGUGUUCACACCAAGCAUGGAAGGGAAUUUUUGGCUAACCAAGCGGCGGUUGAGAGUCUUCGUGCAUCUACUCCUGCACCGGAGCGCAACUUGCCUUUGCCUACAGGCCUUGGGGACGAAUCACCAGUGUGUGCUACUCCGUCUACAUCGCCGGCUAUUACACCAUCUCGCCCGUCUCAACUUCCCAACCCUUUUAUUUUGGGCCCGUCUACUCAUCAGCAUGUUGGUACUCCAAUGAGCAAUAUUUCAAAUCAAAUUGCUACUCCAAGAAGCGAUGUACCCAGUGUCAGUGUACUGCAUCACCGACAGUCUGCAGAAGCAGAAGCCUCCUCCCCAAACUCCGGAGCUAGAGGAAUACAUAUUAUGACAUCCUCGCAUCUGGCCAGCCUUUCUGUACGUUCGUCAUCCCAGAGCUCGUCUACUGGCUCUGCAAGUCGACCCAAUCGGACUAGUGCCCAGAAUCCAUACAAUGGAUAUGUUGAUGGAGCAUAUCGAGGCUCCUCUGUCUAUCAAAUUGUUCGAGGGCAUCGUCUUCCCUCUCCAAUCUCCGAUAAUACUCGUUCAGUCAAGAAAUUUACAAAUACAAUUAACUCUAUCAUUGAAAAGUGCGAAGAUAUCUCGAAAGAGACAGGUUGCUGGCUCUUCAUUGGAGCACAGCAUGCUACAGCACGCUCUGGGUCCAUUAGCUAUGCUUCCCCUCGACUAAGGCGUGAUGCAGCUGAGCAAGUAGGACAAAUUGGAACACAGUUUUCUACUCUCACUCGAAACUUGAUUCAUGCACGUACCCAAGAAACACUUGAUCUCCAACGACAGCUAGAACAGUCUCGUCGUGAGACUGAGGAGGCAAAGAAGUCUUUGGAGGCUGUUCAGGAGAACCAAAAGGAGUUGCGUAGUAUUCUAGACAGAUUUCGCGAACAGUAUCACAUUGAUAUGUAG